AGACGCUUCUUCUCUUCAUCAGAUUAAAUGAACUCCAGAAUCUCCCAAUUCCCCCCUCUGACGCUCAACAAUUUUGAUAUUAUUGGCUUCCACUUUCUUCGAAUCUCCUCUCCCGAACCUCCAAUCCACUGUCUUCAAUUCCAAGCUGAUCCAAUUUUCCGAACUAGCCAAGAUAUUUUAUGGAGGCAUCUUGACUUGACUGGCACAACCGACUUGACUCGUACGUGCUUAUCAUCAUCGUCUCAAUUUUCCAAAACACCACUGCUUGUUGAACCCUAUAUAUGUACACAUCAUUGUUACCCCCUUCUCUUCAGUACAUCACAAAAUUUAUAUCCCAAAAAUGACAUCCAUCAUCAAAAUCCUUCCUGUGUUCUCCCUCCUCCUUGCACUUACCUUCACUACUUUUACUCAGGCUGCCAGAUUCGAUGUCACAAACAGAUGUCCCUACACAGUCUGGGCCGCAGCCGUGCCCACGGGCGGUGGCCGGCAGCUGAACACCAACGACAUGUGGAGCUUUGACGUGGCUGCCGGCACCGUCCGAGCUCGCAUAUGGGCCAGAACCAACUGCAACUUCGACGGAUCAGGGCAAGGACACUGCGAAACUGGUGAUUGUAAAGGUUUACUCGCAUGCAAUGAAUAUGGGGCAGCCCCAAAUACCUUAGCAGAAUUUUCUCUUAACCAAUACAUGAAUAGGGACUUCUACGAUAUCUCACUAGUCCAAGGUUUUAAUGUUCCCAUGGAGUUUAGUCCAACUUCUAAUGGGUGCACCCGCACCAUUCAAUGUACAGCUGAUGUGAACGGACAGUGUCCUAACGAGCUGAAAGCUCCAGGUGGCUGUAAUGAUCCUUGCACAGUGUUUAAUAUGGAACAAUAUUGCUGUAGUGAUUCUUCUAGAACCUGUGGACCAACUAAUUAUUCUAUGUUCUUUAAGGGUAAGUGUCCUGAUGCUUAUAGUUAUCCUAAGGACGAUCCCACCAGCCUUUUCACUUGCCCAGGAGGAACCAAUUACAAGGUUGUCUUUUGCCCUUGAGUAUUGAGUUUGUAGUGCCUUGUUUUCCUACAUCUUACUACCUAUAAAUAAAGAACCAAUAUUAGGAAAGCAUGCUGAGUAGUGGUAGUCUGAUUUGGUUUGCUGAUAUGUGUGGUUUCUCGUUUGAUUGAGGCUGAGUAUUGCUGAUUGUACUUUUGGUCCUUGCCCCUUGUUUACCCAAAAAAAAAAAAAAUCA